CCACGAGCCCUCGGUUAGAAGUUUGCAACGAUCACAACUCACAGGUAAUGACCUGUUGGCGCUAGGAUUUGCGGUUCAGGCAGACGGUAGAAUAGCAGGCGCCUCAGGUUACUGAGCUCAACAUCCGUCUGUGCUUUUUCCAUGCUAUGAUCGACGAGAUCGAAGACACUCGUAUGGUGGAACGUAUGUAUCGGACUCUUUCCCCUUGCAUUCGGAUUAAUGUUGGCUUCUGAUUGAACCCGGCCUCUAGCAUCCGUGUGACCGCCGAGUGAAAAGAUUAUAGCAGCUGAGCUUAAGAUGGGGCUGCCUCAAAACCUCAUCGUCGGAGGGCACAGCCAGGGCUGCGCCAUGUCGCUUGCAGUCCUACUCUCCUUGGGCCACUCAGUCGGCGUUUAUAUUGAUAUGAGUGGCUUCCUCACGUAUCAAGAUGAUCUCAAGAGUGUUGUCAACGACAAGGUUGACAGUGACAAUCCUUUAUCGCAUCCCCGUGAGCCGCAGGACACGACUGUGGACGCGAGCGCCGUCAAGGCCCAGGAAUUGGAAAGAGAUCAUUUGGAUCUUGGCCCCCUACACCGCCCUUACCAAGGGAAGACAGCGUACCAGACUCCAGUCCUUCUUGGCCUUGGGAAGGCAGACGAGAAGGUACCAUGUGCGUUGGGAGAGCGUGCAGUACAAUUUUUGCAGGAUUCAGGGUAUCAGGUUGAAUGGAAGUGCUAUGAAAACCAAGGUGACUGGUACAAGAUCAACGAUGAAAUAGACGGCAUUUGCAACUUCAUCGCUUUGAAGGUCCGCUGGGAACCCGUCAAUAACAUUGCCUGA